GCGGAAGGCGACUGGCUUUCGGUUUGGCUCUGUAGCGCCGAGAUCUACCCAAGGCGAGCCGAAGUUCAACCGGGGAAUCUUCCCUUGCCAGGGCAGCGGGCUGGCUGGAUUGGCAAGCGAGAGAGGCUAGCGAGCCCCUCUGCCUCCUCGUCAGCAGCGCCGCUCCCCGCCGGCCUUUUACGCGGCUGCGGGCAUUGCCGGGUUAUGCAAUGGCUGGGAGAGUCCACCUCGCUCACCUACGGCUGGGGAGAAAGAGAAAACAUAGUGGAUCCUCGCGGGGGCCGAGAGGGAAAGGUCCGGCCCGGGUAGAGAGCGAAAACAAGCCUUCCUCCGUCUAUUCGCACACAUGCCCCGGAGGAGGCCCUCUCCUCUUUUCGCCAGCCGCUCCCCCCCCCCCCCGUUCCCCUGAUCGCUGCCCUGGCUUGCAGGAGGACCCCAGCUGUUGUUCCUUCUGCAGAGCUCCUGCUGCCGCCGCCGCUUCCAGGCGCACUCGCAGUCUUGCUCCACUUUUGACUUGUUGACCAGUUUCAAGUUAUUGAAUAGCUCGCGUGCUUAGCAUAGUUGUGGUUUUCUCUGCUCAGCAAGCAAGCAAGCAGGCUGGUGUGUGUGUGUGUGUGUGUGUGCGCGCGCGCGCGCGCCCAAUUUAGGAACUGCUUUGCAUGUGUGUGCGUGCGUGUGAGUUUACGCGUUUGUCAAUGGAGCGAGCUCCCUUCCUCGCCACCAAGCUUGCAACUUUAACGUGUGCACGUGAAGCUGUCACGGGCCACGUGCGUGUAGACACGGCUGUCUCGAUGCCGGUUUCCUUCUCUUUCUCCAGCUGUCUGGAUCCCACCCCACCCGCUCUUCGCCCCGGAAACGAAAGUCACCUGGCUGGGUUGCUUUGCUUGCUUUUUGAAAGACGCUGUGCCGCUGCAAGGCGCCUGUUUGUGCGUCUUGUGUUUUCCUGCGGAAGGCAGUUCAGCUUCCAAGUUCGCCCCGCCCCGCAUCUCCAGUGGGAUGGAGUCAGGCUUCACACCCCCCCCCCGCUCCCCUGUGUCGCCUGGGGCAGCCGGACUCCAUAGGAGACCGUGCGCGCCCCUCCAUUCAUUCCAGCAUUCACAGGUGGAUCUAGAGGCAGGUAGUCUCGUUUGCAGCCUCCGUGGCUGGUUUCAGAGCUGGCCCUGAGGAAGGAAGCCGGCGCAGGGCCGCUGGGCAUACGCAGAGCGCAGCUCACCCCCCGGCCCCCGACGCACCGCCCUGAGAUCGCCCGGCGGCGGCGAGGACGCCUGCUGCCCCCCUCGGACGAGAGGCCGGGUGGGCUCAGGGGAGGAGGCGGAGACGCUCGCUGUCGCCGCCGCCGCCGCCACCCUUUCUCCUGGCGCUCACCGGCCCGGCCUCUCCAGCAGCUUUGGCGUGAGCCCGGCUGCUCUGGCCCCGCCUCGCCCCCGCCACGAAAGGCGCAUGGAAGCGAUAGCUGCCUGGAGCUGGGCGGCUCCGCCUCCUGCCUGCUGGCCCCGCCAGGGGGGCCGCGUGUGCAGAUCGGCCUGGUGUCGCGGGAUGGAGCGCCGAGCCAGCGGCUGAAGGCGCCCGCCUCGCCCGGGGACAGAGGCGGGGCUUCCCAAGCGAGCCAAAGGGCAAGGAGCUCGGGGAGGCUCUCCUCCUCCUUUCGCUCGCUCGCUCGCUCUGCCUGGCCGGGGCUGCUGCUGCUGUUCUCCUCGCAGCGCCUGCCGCCUCUCCUCCCCCUCCCCGCCUCUCUGGUCCCUCCCCGCCUCUCCUCCUCCUCCUCCUCCUCCUCCUCCAUUGUAUAAUGCUUCGUGACCGCCGCAGCCCGAGCAAAGCGGAGGCUUAAAUCCUUCCCGAGCUGCAUUCGCUCCCCGCCCCCACUCCUCUCCUCCUCCUGCCCCCCGCCAGCCCCCCACCCGCGGGCGAGGAGAGCGACAUAUGGAGCUGGGGGAAGAUUAGGAGGAGCGCGCAGGAGCAGCCCCUGAUGCUUCUCAGCUCUCAGGAGGAACUGCAUGUGGUAAGUGCAACUCGCGGCUCGCAAGGAAAGAUUGGAACCAGAGAGGAGGAGGGGGGGGUCUCUUGCCGCUUUGCCCAGCCUGGGGAUCCACUGGAUCGGGGAGAUGCUGAGAACUCUGCCAGCAAACUGUGUUGUCUCGGGGAGAGGGCGAGGUGGCGAUGGAAGAAGGCAAACCCGGAGGCUGCCGCUUCAGAAGCAGCCCCUCCCCAGUUGGUUGGUGAGGCAGUGAAGGCAGAAGGGGACCCGUGUCGCGGGGAGAGGGGCAGGAAGGGGCCGAGGAAGCGCUGCCUUUCGGUUGCAUGAUUUGCUCCCCCUUGUAACCUUCCGGAGAACUACCUUUCUUCCCCCCCCCCCCCGCCCGCCUUGCGAGAGAAGUGCAGGGAAAAGAGGUCGGCUGAGUUACUUUUCUUCCUUGGAAACGGUUGAGGGUCCAAAUGUGCAGACGGAUCGGAGGUUCCCGUGUUGCUUUGAGCAGGUGUGUGUGUGUGUGCGUGUGUGCGCGCGUAUUCCGAAUUUCUCAUGUUCUCUCCCUCCUCUGUGUAUGAGUGGCGCAUUUAAGAGUUUCUCCGAGCCAUGUUUACAGUGCAACUUGCUUUUGCUCUCCGAUAAGUUUCAGUAUGUGCUGCAGACCAACAUUCGCUGGAAACUGUACCCUGUAAUUUUGUUUUCUGAUCCUGGAGGAGAGGAAGAAGUAGCGUGGGCGUUUCAGAACCUCGAGCUGGGAAAGUUGAGGGUCUUGUUUCGAAACAAACUGGCAGACCCCAAGUGAGGGUGAUUCUGUGUUGGUGAGGACACUUUGAACUGGGAAAAAGAGGCUCAAGGCAGAAGGUUUUUGUAGGUGGAACUAAAAUUCUUUAAAGUGAGACAGGUUGUAAGCCUACAGGUUCUGGUAGGUUACUAAAAGAGCUAGAUUAUGGUAUUCCAUGCUUUGGCGUCUCAGCAUGACAUUGUGGUGGUGAUGUCUGUAUGUGGGUGUCUUUUCAUGGAGAUAUUCUGCAUAUUAAAAGUAGUGCUAGCUGCCAAAGCUGGUCUUUAACAUGGAAACUAGUAAGCAUUAUUGUUCCUAAGAUUUGUUUUGCACUUUCUAGUAGAUUCUAGCUUCUCCAGUCAUUGACAGCACAUAAAUACUGAAUGCAUGUUAGUACCUCGGUUGGUUUCCUACCCUUCUCAUGGAAUAUACACUUGUUUUUCUUGAUACAAGAUGUUUUGUGGCAGGGACUUCUCUUGCAAAUUAGCAGCGCAAAAUGAAAUGGAUAGCUCAGGUGGCUGCAGGUUCACCUAGCAAGGGCCCUCCCUGGAAGUUCUUUAUUUUCCCAUCUAGCAUUCAAGAUUCUGAAUCAAGAUAAAGCAAUUCAGUUGCUCUCCAAAAAUCAAACCGAAUGCUGUCAAUUUUAUCACUAAAGGUGCUCUCCUAGGCUUCUGUGAAGUUCUCGUAAAUGCUUUGAGUGAAGACCCAGUUCCAGAGCCAGGUCAUGUAUGUCUUAAUUUCUUCUGCUUUCCUUUGGUUGAGAUGACAGGGAACUGAUUUUCAAAGUUCAUCUGCAGAAACAUGUACCUUUGUAUCAAGGUGCUAUUGAAAGAAGAGAAUAAAAGUGGGUGGGGGGGGCAGCACUUCUCCCAAACUCUAGACUGUUGUAGCUGUCAGAUAUGAGAAUUGUGCAGGCUUCUCUUCUUGGAUUGUCAAGCCUUUCAUAUGGUCAAGUUUGUUGUAGAGUUAAUUUUGAAAAAUGUUUUUCUGUAAAUAAAUAAAAAGUGCUGCGCUGUAUAUGCAGAUUGAUAUAUCAGAAACUAGUGACUUGAAUAAUAAUAGUGCUAGACAGGUACAUGAGUCUGGACAGUGGUAGCGUUCCCUAGGAUACAAACAAGUAUUGUAGCAUCUUAACAGCUGCAAGUGUUUCUUUUUCUUUUUUGUGCCUGAUACUACUUCAUUUAGCUCUAUAAUGAAAAAUCGCAGAUUGGCUUCAGGAGGAGCAAUUAAAAAAUGCAGUCUUGUUAAAAUUUGUAUGAUGCGCAUUAAAAAUCCAAAUAUGAUUUAUUUAGUAUGUCCACUGCUGAGUCUCUUGCUUUUGAAGUUGCCCUAAAUAAAUGGGGAAACUUGUUCAAAUACAUUGGCAUUUAGAUGUGACUUUUUAAGGCAAACCUGAGAUGAAGGCUAACUUAAUGUGAAGUCUGGUGAAUACUUAAGAGCAAACUCCACUGAAAGCAGUAGAACUUACCUCUGAGUAUACAUGCAUAAGUUUGGGCUGCACAAGAAAACACACUUUGUUUCCUUUUAUUCCUUUUUGCUCACCCCAUAUUUCUCAAAUUAUGGAGCUGUAGCAAGCAGUGAUGAAAACUGCAUAAUAUGUACCACCCAUAAAAUAGGGUUGUCGUAUUUUGAAGAGCAAAAAAGAGGACACAUUUGUGGGUGGGCUGGGGUGUGGAGGGGGGAGGAAGAAAAAUACUGUAGUAGUAGUAGUAUUAGUGUGUGUGCAGUAAAAAAUAAAAGGUGUGUUGAAAUAUUUAAUAAUGGUAAUUGCAAAUGAAAAUGACAUGCCCUCCAACAUUUUGUGAGAAAAAUUCGGGGCACCCCCCCCACCAGCCUGCAUCCCCGUCACUCACCCCCUACCUGCCACUGAUCCCUUCCAUGCCCACCUGCUUCCCUCCCCUCUCUUACCUUUGCUGUCUUUGGCCUCCGAUGUGAGGCUGAGCGGCCCUGGGAAGGCCAGGACAGGCCUGGCAGCCGCCAGAGAUGCCAUGAGUCCUAGAGUGUCUCUAUAAAGGUUGCCCAGUCUGCGCCAUGUAGCUCACUCCGCUGGCUACCAGUGCCACAAACAAAUGGUACAAACAUAAAAUAAAACCCGGACAUUUUGCAAAAUUUUAAAAAUCCGCCCAGGUGGUGCUUUUGUCUCUGGAAAAAAGGACAUGUCCAGGAAAAUCUGGACAUAUGGCAACCCCACCAAAAACCAGAUUUACUGAAGUCAUUGUUUUGUAGGAUCCUGGCUGAAUUUGGUGUACAUACUCAAAGCAGUCUUCUCCAAACUCUGGACUAAAAAGUUUGAAGUUUCACCUCCAACCUGUCUUAUGCAAUAGCCAGUUGAACCACUUUGCUGAUGACUACUGUGCUUUCUUCACCCUUGGUAUGAAUCAUUGGUGGGGAAAACACUACAGAGUUUCAUUUUAUACCUUGCAUAUUUUGGAAGUAGCUGGACUGUUGGUGCUGAUAUGUGAUCAGCAAUAUCUACUAGUGAAGAAUUUUUGCAUUGACGUUAUGUAUAUUCAUAUGCUGUAUAUCGGAAGGGAGAUUAUAUUGUUAUUUAAAAUGUGGGCAAUUUUCCUACGACCCACUUAUAAGGGCUCUUCAGUGCCUUCUUUGGAAAUACAGUUUCUGUCUAAAAAGAUAGCACAAAUGGAGACGGCUCCAGUUGCAACAGCUUCUUGGCCAAAAGGGGGGGGGGGGGAGAGAGAGAGAGGAAAAGUAACUGUGCCAGAAACAGCAGGCUCUGAUUACAGAGUCCAAAGAUCAUUUAAUGCACUAAAGGGGAAAAGAGAAAGAGUGCAAGGUUCAGUUUAAAUGGCAGUAGGUUUAGGGCACAGGCACAGCUGAUUCUCCUACUUGUAAAAUCAGCAUUUUCCCCUUUCUUUUUUCUUUUUGCUAAUUGUUAAGCUAAUCAUCCAGGAAACAAAAAUUCAUUGAUGUGCAGAAUGAAGGUAGGUAAAGCCACUCCACAUAGUGUGAGGUUCUGCCAUCCCUUUAUGUGGACAGUGUGCUCACCCAUGACCUCUCCCUGGUCUGCAGUGCAGGUAGCAGGAAACCAGCACAUGCUGCGCAUGGACACAUGUAGCUUUGUGCAGAUCUGGUGUGCUAUGUAAACAACUGACCCACCAAAUCAAUUCCAUGCAAACUCCCAUGCCCUCAAUGGCAUUCAACAGUAAAGUGUGGUUUUCAUGGUACACUAGGAGAUUUCAAUUCCUGGCUGGGACAGUAAAUUGCUUAAGUUGCUUCUGCUUGAAACUCUGUGUGUCUUCCCAGCAGCCUCUGGUUUCCAGUAUGGCUGGAGAAAGGAGAUAUUAAGGGAUUUGAAAGCAGGUUGACAGAGGUUGAAAUGAGACCACCGACAAGGAUCUCUCUUUCAAACUUACUUAAAUGUUCAGAUCAUCUGGUGAAUGCUCUCACGUGAGGGAGAGCAGAUAUUGGCUGGGUUGUCUCUUCAAAUUCUGGUGCUACAGGAAAUGGACCCCAGCUCCACAUCAGUUGGGAGAAAGUCUAACAAACUUUUGCCCUACCCAAAGCUCUUGCAGGAACAAAUAAUCUGUCACCAUCUCAACCUUCACCAACCUGUUGCUCUCCAAGUCUUUUGUAGUGAGGUGGAGUAAAGUACCUUACAGGGUGCAUUUCUUGUUUGUGUCAUGCUGGUGUGGAUUUGGAAUACCCUUUGUUAAAGGUUAGGGGGCCAGUGUCUUCCUCCUUUCAGAAAGCCCACAGUUGGGUCAUGUGACUGAAUAUCAGCAUGGCUGUUUGGUGAGCUCAGCUAUUAUUGCUGACCAUGUGAUAAAGUAGUCAUCAGCUUCCACAGCCAGAUCCAUUUUCAGUACAUAAUGAGGUAAGAUUUUCUUUUUGUUGCACAUCUUCCCAUAGCUUAAAAAGUUGAUGAGAUCACUGUGUGCAGGAGCAACUGAGUACAGUGGUACCUCUGGUUACGUACUUAAUUCAUUCCGGAGGUCCAUUCUUAACCUGAAACUGUUCUUAACCUGAAGCACUACUUUAGCUAAUGGGACCUCCUGCUGCCGCUGCGCCGCCAGAGCACGAUUUCUGUUCUCAUCCUGAAGCAAAGUUCUUAACCCGAGGUAAUAUUUCUGGGUUAGGGGAGUCUGUAACCUGAAGCGUAUGUAACCUGAGGUACCACUGUACCCAUUUCAUUGUAUAGGAACACAUGACCACAGCUGACUUUUGGUCACACAAUUCUUAUUCUUUAUUCUGUCACGUCCAGGGCACAUGAGAAGUGUGCUGGGGAAUAUUCUGUUUUAUUCUUUAGGAGUUCAAAGAGUCCCUAGAUUUCAGAGAGUUAGCUUGUGGGCCCUUCAGAGAGGAGAAGCUAGGAACCUUUGUGCAUCUGUGAUGGUGUGGAAGUUACUUGCUGAGCAUAGUAGUUAAGAUAGCAAAUAGAUAAUUGACCACUGUCUACACCUUUUCUAACACUUGAAAUCUAGGCUGAUAAACUUAGACAAUCACUAGUGCAGAUGAUAAUUGCUGCUCUCAUGGUCCUAACAUAUUUUUGUGUGUGUGUCGUGAUUAUUAAACAAGGGCUCAGUUCCUUAAUGCUGAGGCAGAGAAGGAGCCAUGCCUGGAAAUGUCAGGCAGUCCCACUCAUUUAUGGUACAAUCCUUUGCAAAUUAUCCAGGAGUUAUGACACACUGUUCAACAGGGGUUACACCCAGGGAAGUUUGCAUUGGGUAUCAGGCUUAGAGUGGUGCUGCAGAACAUCAAAACACUGGAGGUUUGGGAAAUGUAUGAGUUCUGAUUCCAAACGUUUUCCAUUUUGAAGAAUGCUUGGGCAGUUUGCAAUGCUUUGAGAUAACUAAAGUUUCUUGCAUCGGGUAGUAUUCAUAUGAAAAGAAGUGGACUAGAUAUAAUUGCCCUAAACAAAAUUAAUAAAAUAUGUGUUAAAAACCCCCACACCAAAUCUAAACCCACUGCUUUUAAUUUUUGAAGAUGUUGUUUUCCAUUUAACUGGUGUAUAACUACUUUCUCUGUAAUUUAAGGUUUUAAUUAAUAUGUGUGCACAAUAUUUUCUUUGAACUAAUAGAUCUGUUAGGUGUGACUUUUUAUGUAGUGUGAGGUAACUGUGCUGAAAAGCUUCGAAAAGUUUUGUAAGGCAACAUGAUCAUUUGUUCGUUACUUUCUUUAGUUGGACUUCUGCAUCAGUUACUGGUGGUGAUGGUGGCAGCUGUUACACUGAAUUUAAAGUGUUUUCUUUUGCCUUUAUAAAAUGAGCAGCAAUAGAGAAACACCCAUGAUAGCAGGGAAAUGUGUGUGGAUGUGUUGGGGGGGGGGGCAUUGGAAGGAAGGCCUGUUUGAAGCGGAGUGUACAGCCUGUCAGUCAGCAGGUCUGACUAGUUUCUGAAUGCCUCAGGGCGGGUUCGUCUUAAUAAAGUGCAGGUAGCUGUGAAAUGAAGUUCUUAAAUCUAGAUUUGUCAGUAUGGUGCCCCCUUAACAUCUCUUCAUAAAAGAGUUAGGGUUUUUUGCAGCUAAAGAGAACUUUCUCAAAUUCAGAUAAAGCAGACAAAAAAAUAUAGAACUUUUCAUAGUGCAAUUUUCUUUUUACUGAACUUUAUAUACCCGGACACUGAGGUCCAGCUCCGAGGGCCUUCUGGUGGUUCCCUCUCUGCAAGAAGCCAAGUUACAGGGAACCAGGCAGAGGGCCUUCUCGGUAGUGGCACCCACCCUGUGGAACACCCUCCCACCAGAUGUCAAAGAGGAAAACAACUACCAGACUUUUAGAAGACAUCUAAAGGCAGCCCUGUUUAGGGAAGCUUUUAAUGUUUAAGAGACUAUUGUAUUUUAAUAAUUUGUUGGAAGCCGCCCAGAGUGGCUGGCCAGAUGGGCGGGGUAAUAAUGAUGAUGAUGAUAAUUAUUAUUAUUAAUAAUAAUAAUAAUAAUUGAUUGGUUCCUUAGAAUGGUGGGGACAUUCUUAACUUCUGCCCAGAGGAGCACGGACAGUCUGAAUAUUUUAUACCAGGAGUAGGCAACCUAAGGCCCGUGGGCCGGAUACGGCCCAAUUGCCUUCCCAAUCCGGUCCGCGGACAGUCUGGGAAUCAGCGUGUUUUUACAUGAGUAGAAUGUGUGCUUUUAUUUAAAAUGCAUCUCUGGGUUAUUUGUGGGGCAUAGGAAUUCUUUCAUUUUUUUUCUUUUUCCAAAAUAUAGUCCAGCCCCCCACAAGGUCUGAGGGACAGUGGACCUGCCCACAGCUGAAAAAGAUUGCUGACCCCUGUUUUAUACCAAAGCAUGUAGCCUGGCUGUGUUGGUUAUAUAGGCCUUGCAGGACACUGACAGACACAUGAAGCAGGGAUGAGCCAUUCAUACUCUCUUUGUCUCAACAGCCUGCAAUAUUAUUUGCAGGGUGCUGCUGCUUUUAACCUCUUUUGCCUUCUGUCACAGAGAAGUGACUUGCUGCUUUGUAUAGUGGUCAGAAAGUUUCUUUAGUUCAUCCCUCUCCCCCCAAGGGCCAUAAUUCUUCUUCCUCUGUGAAUCAGAAAUCAGGCCUGCGUCCCACUUUCCUCUCCAUCUGCUUGGGGAGCAGAUAAUUUCUGAUUGAUUUUCUUCUCUUACUGUAUUUGUUGCAUAUAACCCUUCAGCCAGAGCGUAUUCUUUGGUUUUGUUUUUUAAACGUAAGUAGCUGGCUCUUGUUCCCAAGUGUUAAUGUAAUAUGAUAUACAUGAUGCACACUGCAGUAGUGUGUUCUAGUUUUCCUCCUCCUCCUAACUAUGCAGUAAAACUAAGAGUUGAUUCAUAUGGUUGGUAAAAAGAGGAAAGGGGCGGGAGAGGGGGAUGAGUCACUCAUGCUGCUUCCCUCUUUUAACAGAGAAUUUGCUAGAGAAUUUGCAUAUGUCUUUACAACUUUUUCUUUCCCCGAUGGCCAUUUUUCCAACUUUUGUUCUCACAACAGCCACCCUCCUAAACCGUACCAUGAUAUCUUCAUAACUACACAGGGUUCCACAGAUAACCCACCAGGGAGAAAAUGACUUCUGUCAAGCACAUACUUAACUAUGAAAUCCAGUAUUUAAAAUUUAACAUAGGCACUUGCGUACUUUAUGCAUGUGUGUGUAUUCCAAAGUGGUGCACUAAAGUAAUAAAACACGACAUAAAAAUAUGUAUAUUCAGUUAGUUACACAGCAGAGUGAUUGGAUUAAACAUUAGCAUCCUUUGGUCAUUUUUGCUGAAAUGUUCUUAAGUGUGCAGAGACUGAGAAAGGGGGACUGUCCCUGGGGGCUCUGCUCCUGCCAUCAUGCCCCCUUCCAGCCUGCUGUGCUCUCCACACUUGGGGGCAUUUUUGCAAUGGAGAGUCCCUGCUGAAGCCACACAAGUUCUUGCUGUGAGCUGGAACCAUGACAGAGCUUCCACACCUUCAGUAGGUGUCUCGGUUGCCCACAUAGUCCCUGACAGCAUUGACAUGUGGGGCCUGCAGGGGAUGUGACAGCAUGGAGAGGGGAAGCCCAUUCUUUGUGAGAGGGUAACCAGUUUCUGCAUAUGAGGAACUGAGGCUCACAAGGGCACAGCUUGUUGCCCACAGAUCUUCCAAGGCUGCCUUAGAGCCAUGUGCCUAGUUGUUUUUUAAGGAAAGUUCAGGUCAUCACUCUUACCUGGCUGUGAAAGGUAGGAGCCUACAACCAGAGUGUUGGCUUGUUAACUGAAAACAACACGUGGAAUUUGGUCCUGUCAUUUACACACAUGUUGGUUGCUUUAGCUUUCAUUACCCAAGUCUUCAAAGCUACCUUGCCCCUCAAUUUUCUGGUCAUAAUUGCUGCGGCUGCUUUGCUCCUCUGCCUCUCCACUUUCCCACUUUCCUUUUCUCAGGUUCCAGCUUGCCAGUCCGCUGCUUGUGUGCUCUGUCCCUGAGAGUAUUUCCUCCCUGCUGGGCCUCCUCUCUCUUGGAUCCCCAGUGACUUUUUAGCCAAGGGAAUUUUUGGUUAUGUUGGGAGCAAGGGAGCCACGUAUGACACUGGAGAAGAGGUGGAAGCAUUGCGGAGUGUUCAUAGAUAGUCUUCUGUGAGUGAAGUGAGCGCUCACUUAGACUAGAACUAAAAUGUCGUACUGGUUGUAGAGGCAGGAGAUGUUGGCUGCCUAAAUAGGUUUACUAAGAGGAGACCCUGGAGUGGGACAGCUGAAGGAACGGGAGCUGGGAGGAAGGUUGCAGAGUUAGCACUGGACUCAGAAAUGGAAACCAGAUCAAAGCAUACCCCCGAGCAGGCAAGGGCUUGAGGAAACAAUAGGCUGAGCAGAUAAGGAAUGGAGGAAAGGAGGGGCCAGUGAGGAGUAUGUAGAGAAGGCUUCUACAUGAGGUGCACAUUGCUGGCAGGAAGAGGGGUGGAGAGAUAAAUAAGAGGACUGAGCAGCGAAGGAUGCUGGCUGGGUGCCAGUAGACUUGAAGGAAGCAGAACCAAUUAGCAGUAGGAAGAGAGAGAAUCAGGAGAUCUGAGGAAACAACUUCCACAGGGGAAGCCAUAGUACUCUGUUGUGGCAAAAACAACAAAAAGUCUUGUGGCACCUUAAGGAACAAGAGAUUUUGGCAUGAACGGAUUUGCUUGGCAAAGGUGUGGCACUGAAGGAAAAGCCAAGCAGUAGAGUACAAAAAUGCAUGUGAAGGCUUGGGCCUUGGAAGGCCACUAGGGUUUCAUGCAUUACAUUUCAGCAUUUGGAGGCGUUGGAAGACCUGCCAUGCACAAAAAGUGGGCAACCCUAUAAGCAGCUUAAGAACAACAAGGGUCUGUGAGCUAUGGGCUGGCAAGUGCAAUUGCGACUCCCCCUUUCAUUAGCAGGAGCCUGGUACAAAGAAAUUAAGCAAGCAGCCCUUCACUUACUGUGCCAUCUUCCUGUUAGGAAAAACUUGGCCUGCUUAAUUUCUUUGCGCCAGGCUGCUGUUAACAGAGCAGGGCCAGAAAGAACACCAACAGGCAAAGCAGCUUUGGAAGCCAAGAGGACCAAAGCAGACCUGGGGUUGGCUGCUCCAGUAAUGAGAGUGGCUUUAAGUGAUGUGUAUAACUGACAGUUCCACCAAAUGCAACUUUGCCUGUUUUCUUCAACUGAAUGAGGAGGUGGCAAAUGUUUUUGAGCUAGUCAGUCAAAACAUCUGUGGAGGGAGGCAUAGACAAGGCCAACGCUGGCGUAGGCUUGACCUAGGGUAUUCCAGCCCCAGACAGGUUCCCUCCAUGGGGUGGGAGGGACUGGCUGCUUGGAGGAGGCAAAAUUGGAUGCUACUGGUUGGUGGCGGCACAUCAUAGUCUUGUUUUUCCCUACCUCUUCGUGGCUAUGGGAGGUAACCUGUUCACAGGGGGUCACUGCUAACACAGGAAGGAACCACCCCAGCCCAGGCUACAUCUGGAUCUUCCACCCCACUUUUUUUAAGGGGCUGCUGUCCUCACAGGAUGGCCUUAGCCCUUGGUUGUUUAAAUGGCUGGGGCUGGUAGGAGAGCCCAUGCUGAUAGAAAUAUUAUUGGGGAGAAGAGGCAAUGAGGGAGGGUUUCCAAACACAUGGUCACUUAAGUAUUGUAGUUGUGGGGGCUUUGGGAAGACCAACCAUCCCCACAGGCCAUUUCCCCUCUGUGUAAGAGUCCGGCUGAGGGAAAAUGGGAUCAAAUAAUUGGAGGUCAUUUGCAGGGGAGAGUCAGGGCAAAGGGUUAAGCAACCCACCCCUUGCACCUGCCAGUUCUCCCUUGUAAAUGCCUCCAGUUCUCCUCCCUCUGGGGACUUGUUCAGUUUACAGUACAGUAUGUAGUUCCUUGCUCUGGCAAGUGGUUAGUGGCUCUAACUUAAAUCGUUCUGUCACAGUGAUUUGUAUGGCAAAAUGAAGCAGAAAAUGUUUUGCCAAACUGUGCACAUGCUACACUGUACCUUUAAAGCACAUUCAAAGCACAUUCUUUCCCUCAAAGAAUUCUGAUCAUUGUACAGUGGUACCGCAGGUUAAGAACUUAAUUUGUUCUGGAGGUCCGUUCCUAACCUGAAACUGUUCUUAACCUGAAGCACCACUUUAGCUAAUGGGGCCUCCUGCUGCCGCCGUGCCGCCGGACCAUGAUUCCUGUUCUCAUCCUGAAGCAAAGUUCUUAACCUGAGUACUAUUUCUGGGUUAGCGGAGUCUGUAACCUGAAGCGUAUGUAACCUGAGGUACCACUGUAGUUUGUUUGGUGUUGUUGGGAAUUGCAAUUCUGGGGGAAAUAAACUAUGGGUCCCAGAAUUCUUUGAGGGAAAGAAUGUGUUUUGAAGGCUCUCUAAAGGUGUACACAGCUUCAGUCUCCCCCUUGACUUUGAGGGGUAAAGAUGGGACAAAUGAACAUGUUUUACGAAGCACAAAAUGGCAACUGUCUCCUGGCCCAACCUUAUCACAAUCCCCCAUCCUAAUGUAGGCCACUUGCCCUACAGCCCACUGUGGCUUAACAUUCAGGUACCUGUACUUUCUAGAGUUCCAUUGUUUGUCUGGUGUGGAAUUGUAAUAAAUCAGCCUAAGUUCCCUAUAGGAGUUUUCAAAAUUCUUAUGAGACAAAACUUGCAAGUGCAAUAUAGUUCAAACAGUGCAAGAGCCUGUAAUACAUUGAAAAAUCCCACAUUCAUCCUCAUUUGUCUAGCAUUACUGUUAUUAUGUAAAUGUGUAUUCAUCCAUAGAUCUCAGGGUGAUUCACAGUUAGGUCUGGGCAAUGUAUCGAUACAUCGCCAAGGCCAGUAUGAGGGCGAGACCACGAUGGCUGCUUCCCCUGGCACUAAUGUAUAUCCCUUUGCCACCAGAGGGACUCAGGAGCGGCUGCUGUUUCACCUGCGAUAUACAGCCAGGUGAAGCAGGCAUUGCGUUCUGGCCCUCAUACCACCAGGGGGCUUCUUUAAAUUGUUCUGCUGUCUGCGCCUCAGUGGCACAGUUUAUUGAUGCCCCCACCCUGCCUAUGAUCAUAGAAUCAUAGAAUCAUAGAGUUGGAAGAGACCACAAGGGCCAUCGAGUCCAACCCCCUGCCAAGCAGGAAACACCAUCAGAGCACUCCUGACAUAUGGUUGUCAAGCCUUUGCUUAAAGACCUCCAAAGAAGGAGACUCCACCACACUCCUGGGCAGCAAAUUCCACUGUCGAACAGCUCUUACUGUCAGGAAGUUCUUCUCAGCUGAGAAGUGGGUGGUUUAAGAAAGCCUGCUUCUCAGCUGAUCAAGCCACCCCCAGACUGGGGGGCGGGGCUCCGCUAAGGGGUGGUAGGCAGCCUUGCGCCCCUUCAGCGGGUGGCCUGCCUGUGACUCACCAGCCGGCUGGCGGACGACCUCUUUCUCCCUGGAGGAAGAAGUAGCCCGCCUGCCCGUGGCAAUGGCGCCCGAGGCCACUGCACAAAUGUAGUGCUUGUGUGGCAGCCUCAGCCGGUGCCGCCUUAGAACUGGUGGGUGUCGGGGGGGGGGGCUCAGCCCUCGCCCCCUUCACAGGGGCGGGCCACCUUUUCCACCCAGGAGAAAGAGGUAGCCUGCCCAAGCGAAGGUGGAGGCAGCCCUGCGAAUGGAGCCUUUCAGGCUCUGCGUGCUUGGCUGCCAUCUGGCUGCCCUUCACCCAGGAGGGUGGGCUGCGUCUUUCCUCCCAGGGUGGUUGGUCACCUCGGGAGUAAAGAUGCAGAGCACCCGCUCGAGCAAACCUUUGAGGGAGGCCCGCCUCUGUACCUUGUUCCCACCAGGCCCUGGGGUGGAGGAACUCUUUCUGUCCCCCAUCGCCCAGUGAGAUGAACAAGCUGCAUUGGCCCCUGAGGUGCCAGGGUUAAACCACCUGGGAGCGGCUGCAAUUUCAGCCCAGCGCCUCAUAGGUCUGGGGCCAAUGCAGCUUGUUCCUCCCUCCAUUUCAGCCUCACCGUGUAUCAUCAGAUUGUGAUGUUUGGCUGGUGAUACAUAGCGAUGUUGAAAAGCUGACAUCGCGCAUCCCUAUUCACAGUGUAAAAUUGGUUUCAUAUUCCAUGUAUCUCAUUAUUAUUAUUAUUAUUAUUAUUAUUAUUAUUAUUAUUAUACCACCCAUUUGACUGGGUUGCCGCAGCCACUCUAGGAGGCUUCCAACAAAUAAAAACACCUUAAGACAUCAAACAGGAAAAAGUUUCAGAUGUCUUCUAAAAGUCAGAUAGUUUAUUUUCUUGACAUCUGGCAGGAGGGUCUUCCACAGGGCGGCGCCGCCACCGAGAAGGUCAGCUGUCAGGUGUCCAUCUCUCUCCCCUGCUCCUUCUCAUUUAAAAUAAUAAUAAUAAUAAUAAUAAUAAUAAUAAUAGGCAUUUAACUUGCUAAGCCAUUAGGGGUCUGAUUUCUUCCCAUUGAACAGAAAACAAAACUUCCAAACGCCUGAAAUCCUAAGCUAACUGAGAUCCAUUCUCUCCCCAGAAACUUCUCAGAAUAGAACAGGUAGAAUAAAUUGAUGUUUGCUUGUGGUUGUGCCACACCAGAAGCAAUCUGGUAGUUGCCUCCCUCAUUCCUGCAUGUACAAAGGAGAAAAGAAACCAUUGCAAAACGACUGAAUGGGUCAGUUGGGCCAGGAGUAUUUUUCACUGCUAACUGUUUGCUUAGUUGUUCUCUACAUUGGCUUUAAUAUUCUCAUUGUGCAAACUUGCAACACUUAUUUAUUAUUUGAAAUACUCUCUGGGCCGGAGGAGUCCUAUUAAGCUAUUGUGGUACAUUUGGCCCCUUCCAUUUUGCCAAACAUUAAAAGAGGACAAAAAAAAUCCAGUCGGUGAUCUCUCUCCUUAAGAGCUUGAACUACAAAUUGGGACAUUUCCUGGUCCGCUUCUUGGCCUCAGACAUGAACUCAUCUCAGUGGCCUUGGGGUCCACUCUUUCGCUCUCAUCCCCCACCUGCAGUACGGGGAAAAUAGUCUCUUACAAAGUGUUUGUGUGGAUUGUGAGGAGUGAAGUGCUUUAAACGCUCUAAAAGCGCUACAUAAAUUAUUAUGAGUAGGUACACAUUGAAGAUUCACAAAGCUGUUUUUCUUUUGUUUGUUUAUUUUUAAUGCUACAUUUGUCUAAUAACGCUGCUGUGUGCAGACUGUGGCUGAAGGCAAGAAAUGCCGAAAACUGCUUCUGAAGUGACAAGGACAAACUCCUGCAAAAAGGAACCCCAUGGAAACGCUUUCGUUGUUGUAAUCUGCGCAGUAGCAAGAGACUAGGCAAGAACGUUUGCCAGAACCAUUCAGAAUGCUUGCAGCUUAUACAGGGUACCUAAAACUUACCUUUUUUGGUGUGACACUUAUUUGGUGCUCUGAUCCUUAAUGCAUUUUGCUUAAAAGUAAAUCUUGUAAAUCAGUCACUGCACCUUUUUUGGUGGUGAGAAGUAAUUAGCUUGAGUUGCAUCCUUGACCAAACUACUCCCCUCCCCAAGCUGUAAUAUACUGAUUGAACAGAGCUUUCGUGCUGUCUAAAGUUAGUCCUCCACCUCCCACCCCCCUCCCGCUCGCGCACACUCCCCAGUGUAUUUUAUUAAGGGUCUACAAUGUGAGGGGGAAAACAAGGUAUCUUUAGGGAAAAGAUUUUGCAGCACGGUUGAAAAAUAAAGGCUCCAGCCAAGUAAUUAUAAAUACCAGGAAAGGGGGAGGGGAUCACCCAUUGCAACGCAAAAGGAUGUGGGGAGUGGGUUCUUGUCUCCCUGCUGUGCAAUCAAAACUGUCAUUAAUCUUUAUGUAGAGUGGAUAUCUGCAAGGGAGAAUGGAGCCCAAAGAUGCAGAGACUUCUAAAUGCACAAACUACACCAGCCAGAGAUACACAUGUCAAUAGUGACAUUUUGUUCAACAAGCUGAAGAUGGUUCCAUUCAGCCAAAUGGCUCACUGGUUAGUAAUUGCUGAGGGGGGCUAAAGCAUUUCCCAGCAUCUUGUGUUUUUUUCAGGCAUACCAUUUUAAAAGAGGAAGAACAUCUCUGAUUGGUUAGAGUGCUUUGCUUUUGCCGCCUGCCUUGAAAGUUUUCCACGUUAUUUUAUGUGUAAUCUGUGAUCAAACUGCCUCUUCCAGCGAAGUUUAUUCAUAAUUAAAAAGAGUGUUUUGUGAUCUUUUCAUAUCUGCCCCUCCAUUAAGCUUUCUUGAUUUUAAAUAAGCAAUCCCCCCCCCCACCUGCCUGGUCAGAAUGGUCCCUUACCCAGCUUUUGGGACAAAAAGUCAUUUGUUAAAAACUUUUACCUACUGAGUCUUUAAAGAGGAGUUGCUUAGUUUGGAUUAUCUAUCACUGAAACAGUCCAAAUUCCAGAAAUUACAAUGAUGGUCUGUAGCAACAGGAAAACAGAAAGUGUUGCUGCAUCUUAGAAACUUCAUCAUGGCAUGAAAUUAGUCAUAGUAUAUGUUUAGGUGCUGUGCCAUUUAUGUGUGCAUCUAUAUGGUCAAAGGAUAUUUAGAUACUGUUGCUUCGUUACCUGUAUGCUAGUCCUUCACUCCAGUAGUAAAGCCAUUGUGCCAUGAAAUGUACAGCAUAGAGUCUUGCAUAAACACAUGUAGUAUAAUCUGAUUUGUGAUUGGCAGCUUCCAUUGAACUGCCAAAUGGAGACCUGUGUGUGUGUGUGUGUGUGUGUGUGUGUGAGAGAGAGAGAGAGAGAGAGAGAGAGAGAUGUUUCUCCACUACUCUAGUCACUACUCUCAACAUUUUGUUAGAAAAACAGCUUUGCAGAUUAUCUGUGGGCAGCCUAGUUUGUGGGUGUACACACACACACACACACACACACACACACACACACACAUUUAGUGACACAGUAAACAAAACUUUAGUUGAAGUUAUCUAGCCUUAAGAUUGCAUAUGCCCAACUGUUUUUUUUCCUAAUCCUGUGGUGGCAGUGCGCAGUGGUUCAGUCUUGAUAGUCAGCCGUCAGAUGCUGAACAUAUGAAGAACAACACUAAGUAAACAAAGUUCAACUUUGCAUUUUUCUAUCAUAGCAUUUCUGUUAGUUUUGUGUUCCGACUGCCAUUUCAGGACUUUGGUUAUGCUUCUUCAAGGUAGAACAUACACCAAUAGUGGUUCUAUGAGAGGUUCAGUUGAUAUGAAAUCAAUACUCUGCCCCAGUUCAUCCCCUCCCCCCAUGAAAAAUAAUUGCUUUAUGUGCCAGUAUUCUACUUUUACAAGUUUGCCCUGAUUUCAGUGGGGAAACAUUCUAUGCAUUAGCUGUUUAGUAUUUUCAGAUUGACUUGCUCUUGAUUUCAGCCAUAGUAUUCAAAGUCCCAUCCUGCAGGACAGGAUAGUUUCUAAUAGCUUCUAAUAGUUUCUAAUAGUGUAGUUUCUAAUAGCUUAGCAACCUAAAAAGAGGUGGCUCUGAUUACACUUUGUGCAAGAGGACUUGGUACUACUCCUUAAUAUUAUAAACAUUCUCAGGAACAAUUGAGUCUUUUAGUGUACAAGACCUGGUCCUCUUUCAGAGGAUUAGUAAAUGAGGCAGUAAUUUAUUCGAAAGGAUAUAUUUAGUAGAGGGCUCCUUAGCUUUAUUUGACAUAGCCCUGUCAGGCAAGCGCAAUUUGUCAAAACCAUUAAACAAGCUCCUCUUCUUCGGGAGGAGAGGUUUCCCUUAGCAAACUGACAACGGUAGGAACUGUUUCUAAUUUAAUAGAAACAUAUGCUUCCUGCAAAAACCUUAGCGAGCCACAUGAACUGCAGGCCUGCUUGAAUUGUUUAUUUUCGUGUGUGUGUGUGUUACUACAGUAAAAUCUUGUUUGGGAGCAAAGGGAUUGCUUUCUGCUGAAGUUUCAGUAGUCUGUGAUCUUAAAGUCUGGAGAAAGUAGUAAUAAUGGCAGUGUUGGUGCACAUUCCCCCGCCCCAUGCGCACGCACCCACACCCCCCCGUGUCUUGCAGCCUCUGAUCAUUAAUAAACAGCAAGCACUCGCUUUGCCCUCUGGGCCUCAAAUAGUACAGUAUGCAACAAGGGAGUGCAAGCAAGGCUGGAGGAUGGAAACAGUAGUAUCGGGUUACAGUUUCAAAAUAUCGCAGGAGCGUGUUAGCUGCCUUAUGUUAUUGACUUGCCAUGUAAUUGCAUUGCUUAUUUGUGUGAAGAAAGACUUCCCCUUUUCCACCCAAUUACAAUAGACGUUACUACUUUGGAGCUCUCCCGAGUCGCCCCCCCCCCCCCGAAAUUACUCUCAAGUGCAAGCAUUUUGCAAUAACUUUAUUUAUUUAUAGGUUACUCAGCCUAUAUCGUGCAGGAUAAAGUUGAACUGAAUCAAACUUUUCCCUUCUUAAAAUAAGGUUUCUUACUACAGAUAUAGAUCUAUAUUUAUAUACCUGUCUUCAGGUAGCUUUGUAUAUGUCGAUAGCCUCAUUUGAAAUCAGGAUGCAAAUCCUGUGAUGUGUGAAGAAUACAAGGCAGAAGCAGCUACUCUGAAAUACUUUUCCAUGGUUACGGAGGAAGGAGAAGAUCUAGAGCAGGGGUAGGCAAACUAAGGCCCAGGGGCCAGAUCUGGCCCAGUUGCCUUCUCAAUCCGGCCCAUGGACGGUCCGGGAAUCAUCGUGUUUUUACAUGAGUAGAACGUGUCCUUUUAUUUAAAAUGCAUCUGUGGGUUGUUUGUGGGGCAUAGGAAUUUGUUCAUUUUUUAAUAUAUAUAUAUAGAGAGAGAGAGACUGGCCCCCCACAAGGUCUGAGGGACAGAGGACCAGCCCCCUGCUGAAAAAGUUUGCUGACCUGUGAUCUAGUGUUCACCCUCGUAGUUUCUGCAGGGUGGCCCAUAACACAUGUCAGAUUGAUAUUGAGACCCUUGUGGAGUAUUCUAAGAUGAACUAUCGUUAAUUUAUUUGCUGUCCGUCAAUUUUCCAUCUCUUUAAUUUGAUGUGCAGUAUCUCAUAAAUAAGUGUUUUUUGGCACAUAAAUUAAAAAGUACCUAGCUUUUCCCCACCAAGAAGCUUUGAGGGAUUUUUGUUGCAAUUUUGCAUCUGUAAGUAAUGGUGGGUGGGUGGGUGUUCUCCAGAUCCAGUAAGUCACACACUUACAGGCCAGUCAUCAAAAGGUCUUCAGAGAGCAACAUACACAAAUUGGAUUUCUGCCAGCAUAGAGGAUGGGGGAUUAGAAACUUACCCUGUGUGUUUGCGUGCAUUAUGGCUUUAGAUUGAUUAAUUUCUGCCUGACUCCACCUAUCCAUCCACACCUGAGUAAAUUUGGAGAACUGGUUCGUGUUAAAAAUUUAAACACAGCAGAUCUCUCCAAUGUGUGGUUUUUGGCAGCCCUGAAAUCUUUACAGUGACAGCCGAUGAACACUACUAAACAAGCCUUUGUUCUCUGGCUCCAUAGUUAUUUCCCAGAACUGAAAAGGAGCCAAUUUUGAUGCAAUUCUAAAAAAUAUAUUCUUAAUAAAUAAUAGUUUCCUUGCAGAGGAAAGGGAAAGCAUAGCUAAUAUAGACUUCAUUUAUGGAAAUGGGGAGAGGAGCCUUGAAAGGUGGAAAAACCAUAAUUAAUAUUAUGUCACUGUGCAGGAGGGGAAGAAACUGACCUUCAUUUUGGCAUCUGCUUCUGUCCGACUUGCACAUGUGAUAUUACAGAGGGUCACAAGCAUCUCUUCGAGUAUCAGAAUUGGCGUUUCAAGGUGUAUGUGCAUGUCUGUAUGUAGCCCACACUUUGUGCAAUAUACUUACUACAGGGGGAAAUACUGGUGUAACACCACUGUACAUGUAGUAGACAAAAAUGUUCUCAGCAGGUCAUAUUCCAGGGCUGCUUUUUCAUGUUCAGCUAUCUGAGGAUAACAAUCAUAACAACCGGAGCCUUUAAGCCUCUGAUUCUUUACAUUUGCAAAAGGUUAAUUCUUCAAAUUUGCAAAAGCUCCACACUUUGUGACCCGGUUUGCAAGUCACAUUAAGCCAUACCUAAAAUAAACUGGUUUAAUGUGAACAAGCUGUGCUGCUGAAGUUGUAGGUUCUUUGCUCAUCUCCUUCCCUUCUUCAAGCUGCCAGGAAACAAGCUGUGGUCGGGCUUGUCAAGUUGUCCGAACUUGUGGUUUAUUUCUCUCCAAACAAACCACGAGUGGAAGCCAAGGUUUGUUGCCCACAGUUUGCAGAUUUAUUGUGAGGAUCACAAGUGUGUACACGUUGAAUGGGUUUGCUACAUAAAAGCCUGGAGAGAGCCUUCAAGAAGGUAAAUCCCAGGACAAUAAUGGGUUUGUGACUUUCAUCUCAGGAAUAGUGAGCGCAUUCCAUGGGACAGUCAGAAAAAGAGCAUAUAGUUUUUCAAACUGCAGUUAACCUAAAGCCCUACUUUGCAUCUUUGUCGGUGGAGGAGCAUAAUCAUGUUCCAGGGGAAACAAAAUACAGUGGUACCUCGGGUUACAUAAGCUUCAGGUUACAUACGUUUCAGGUUAAGAACGGACCUCCAGAACAAAUUAAGUACUUAACCCGAGGUACCACUGUAAAAAUUAUUUCAUGUUCCAUAAAAUGCUUCCAGAGACUUUUUAGCACUCAUAUUUGGCUAUGGGCCAGAUAUUUUGAUACCACAAGUUCAAAAGGAGCAUAUAGUUAAACAAAUGUUCAUUUUCGGGAUGAAGAAUUGUCACACUUUUUAAGGGCUAACAGAAUAUUCUCAUUUGUAGUCUCUGCAAAUGAUGUGGCAAAAAAAUAAAAGAUACCCAAGACUCAGGGAAAGACUAAAGGAGCAAAAAUAGCCUAGACCAAGAACAACUUGUUCAGAAAAAGCGCUACAAAGCCACCUCUAGUACAUUGCAGUGAUAAGGUGUGCUGUAUAACAGUGCUCCCAUCUCCUCUAGAUGGUUCAGAAGGAUGUUAUGGUUGACGGAGUCACAGGCCGCUGAUCAGCAGGGCUCCCCCCACCCCAAAUCUGGUUCAAAGCACACGUGAAUGCAAAAUAGAAAUGAAAUAAUCCAUUUGGGAAGGAAUCUGAAUCAGUUCUAAUCUGUUACCUCCGAGGAUGUGGACAGGCUACUUGGACGAGUGAAACCAACCACCUGUCUCCUUGAUCCUUGCCCAUCCUGGCUAAUAAAAGUAAGCCGGGAAGGGCUGGGUGAUGGGCUCUGUGGGGUCGUGAAUGCUUCUCUCUGUGAGGGAGUGUUCCCAGACCCACUGAAAGAGGCAGUCAUUAAACCGCUUCUUUAAAAAAACAUCUUUAGACCCGGCCAGUAUAGCCAGCUAUCGCCCAGUCUCAAAUCUUCCAUUCUUGGGCAAGGUGAUAGAGCAAGUGGUUGUUGAACAACUCCAAGCAUGCCUGGAGGAUGUGGACCAUUUGGAUUCCUUCCAGUCGGGAUUCAGGCCUCAUCAUGGGACUGAAACUGCCUUGGUCGCGCUGGUUGAUGACAUCUGGUGGGUGAGGGACAAAGGUGAAAGCUGGUCCCUAGUUCUGCUGGAUCUCUCAGCGGCCUUUGACUCCAUCAACCAUAACAUCCUUCUGAACCGUCUAGAGGAGAUGGGAGAUGGGGGCACUGUUAUACAGUGAUUCCACUCCUUCCUCCUGGGCCGUGUCCAGAAAGUGGUGGGGGAUGAGUGUUCAGACCCCUGGGCCCUCACUUGUGGGGUGCCUCAGGGUUCCGUCCUCUCCCCCAUGCUUUUUAACAUCUACAUGAAGCCGCUGGGAGAGAUCAUCGGGGGGUUUGGGCUGGGUGUUCAUCAGUAUGCGGUGGGCGGUGAAGGUCCUGUGUGUGUGUCUGGAGGCGGUUGGAGGAUGGAUGGCGGCUAACAGAUUGAGGCUGAAUCCUGACAAGACAGAAGUACUGUUUUGGGGGGACAGGUGGGUAGGUGUGGGGGACUCCCUGGUCCUGAGGCAACUGUACCACUGAAGGAGCAGGUUCACAGCCUGGGAGUCAUUUUGGACUCACAGCUGUCCAUGGAGGCGCAGGUCAGUUCCGUGUCCAGGGAAGCUUUCUACCAGCUCCAUCUGGUACACAGGCUGAGACCCUAACUGCCCACAGACUGUCUGGCCAGAGUGGUGCAUGCUCUAGUUAUCUCUCGCUUGGACUACUGCAACACUCUCUGCAUGGGGCUACCUUUGACGGUGACCCGGAAACCACAAUUAAUCCAAAAUGUGGCAGCUAGACUGGUGACACUGAGGGACGCUGGACUGGCCCCCUGCUGAAAAAGUUUGCUGACCCCUGUGCUACAUCCAAUACUAGUAGGACAUGGUUGUGCCAAGAUUUAUAUAUAGCCUUUUUUGGUACUAGUGACUCCAGUAUCUGAGAGAGCUUGUGGUGGGGUGUUUUGGUGGUGGUGCAGUUGGCAUAUAUUGUGAGCUUAAAGAAACUUUGGUAUCUGUGUUUUGUGGGGGUGGGGAGGGCAAGGUUUAUUUAAACUGUCUCUGGCUGAACAGAGCAUGCUGUAUUUUCUCAGCCAAAUUAAAUAAAUAAAUAAACGCUUCUCUGCAUAUUGAGUCUCUUGAGUUGUUGGGCCUGUGGUUUCAUAGACACCUGUUGGAUCCACAUUUGUGAUAUAAUGCAGGUCAAAUGAGAUUUGUAAGCAGUCUCCUGAUAUCUCUUGUUUUAUUGAAACACAGCUGUGAAAUGUUGAAUAUUUGUUCAGAAGAGCAACAGAGGCUUGCUUCGCACACGUUAAACUAUAGUUUAAAAUCAGCGAUGGUUUUAACGGGGGGAGGGGCUUUGCUCCUGUUUCUGACUGCGCCACAUGUAGGAGGAAGCAAAUAGGCUCAGGCGCAGAAGGUCUUUUCUCUCUCUCUCUCUCUCUCCCCUACAAUCUGAUUGUAGGAACGUUCAUUUCUGCCUUGCCUCUUGUGCAUCUUUGGCUUUCUUAUUUAAUUUUGAUCUUCCUCCCCCUCGGAGUGCAAAUACUUAUACUUCAGUAUGACAAAAGGAAUCAUAAAAACAAACUUGACGAGGCAAGCUUUUAACAAAUGUAAAUGGGCUCUCAAAAACAGCUUGUGAUAUAUCGAGGGUAUUAUGUUGGAAAAGGUUCCCCCUGGGCUGGCCUAAGAACUUGGGAGUGACGGAAGUAGCCCAGCCAGCUCCAGCUAUUGAAAAGGCAUAUUUUGGGUAAGUGCAACGCAGGCAUGCCUUGGCUAACAUCAUGGAGAGGCUUUAUACACAGGGGAGGAUGAGUGUUGGAUAAGAGAUCUCCAGAGUUCAGAGUGGAUUCAAGCUGACAGAUCAUUGCUCUUCCACUGUUACGGUAUGUGAAGUUGGAAAUGGCCACUACCUACAUUUCAGCGGGUGCAGAACUGCUUAGGUGUGUUCAUCGCCAUCUAUUAUUCGCCCAUAGCAGUGGCUUUGCAUUGUAAGUGAGAAAGGUUCAAUUUUGAGCGUGGUUUCUUUUAAAUCAGUGAAGAAUGAAUUAUAGGUGAAAGUAAACAGUCCUGUGUACAGGAAAGGCUUGGCUGAGUCACUUCAAAGCUUAGCGCAACCCCCACAGCAAUCCUGAGAGAAUCUGCUAUAAUUUGCUUGAUUCUUUUAAGAAAAAAGAGAAGGCAUUUUAACUUUUUGAGUAAUAAACCUUUAAGUCCUGCUCUUAGAAAUCAGCUCAGUCCUUUCUUUUAAACACUUAAGGCAAAGCAACUGUAGAAAGUAGAGUGUUCUUGGUAGUGCAGACAAAGUAUUUGCUACCCAUAUUGUCACCUUCAAUAACCAAAGUGGGGUUGCUUUGCUUUAUAGAGCUGGUAUUUUUUCUAAUGGCACAGCAUUGAUCUGCACAGCCUGACAAGUUUUAAUGAUCCAACACUUUGUGAUGUUGUCUCUUUAUGUUAUGAUCAAGAAGAAGAAGAAGAAAAACCAAAAAGUGAUUUAAAAGCAACAGCUUGCUUGUAAUGCACCUUUCUCUCUGAUGGGACUCUAGGCUGAUUACAUAUAAAAAUCAGAUCCAUUUAAAAGAAUUGUUUUUUUAAAAAAGCAUUUAUGGAUCUUCCUCUGUCUCCACCCCUUUUCUUCUAGCAAAACUGCACAGAACUAUAAAAACUGCAGCACUCCAGAUGCAUGCUUGAUGGCCGCCCUCUGCUCUCGGCAUGCCCAGUGUCUCCCUGGGGAGAGAGAACAUUCCAUGCUGGUGGUCCUGGGGAGGUAGAGCCAAAUCUCACUUUUGGGGACCAGUGCUAAAUCACAGCAUCCUCAUGCACCUUCGAUUCUUGGAAGGCAGCCAAGAAGCUUCAAGUUUUUUAAAAAUUGCAGUUUUCCUAAUAGUGUUACUCAGUGUGUUUUUCUAAACAAAAAAAAUGUUUAGGGGUACUCUCAUUUUGACUCAAGAAAAUCACCAUUUUAUAGUUCAAAUCGGGGCGGAAAUAAAUACAGUAAAUGGACAAAAGUACAAAGAUUCACAAAAUGUUUAGGGGUAUGCGUACCCCUGAGUCCCUGGUGUUACUAUAGCAUUCUUUUUUCUUUUCUCUCUCUCUCUCUCUCUCUCCACCCCCCCCCCCCGCUUUUCUCUGUGAAGAAUUACUCCAGAGACACUGGACUUUUUGUGUUCUCUCUAAACUGAAAAGUUUGUAGCCUGGCUCUUAAAAUAUGUCUACUCUGAAGUAGACUACUCUGAAUUCAGUGGGGCUAAACUUCCUGCUCAGUAUACUUCAGAUUGUAGACUUAGUUCUCUCUCAGCUUUUCUUCCUGUUCCUGAUAAAAGAACUUGCCCCUCACUGAAGAGUAUUUAUUUGACAGCUUAAAAACUAUUGGCAUUCAGUGUGCUGUUGGCGACCGAAGAAAUUGUUUGAAAAGGAGUGUCCUAAUUGGAAAACUGUGAAGGUGGUGGUAUCUUCCAGGGAUAUUGUUGCACUGUUUAAAAGGUGCUUUCGGAUUGCUACGAUUCUUGAGUGUAGCUCAGGCAAUGGCUUGAUUCAGUGAACUGCCCAUACAUUCUUAAGCCACAGCUUACAUGGUCGAAUGCAAGGCAAAACAGAUACAAAGAAUUUACAGCACACUUGUGACACAGAAAAUAAACUGCUUCUAGCUGAAAUGGAUUCCAGUGUGGAGACAGAAGAGCACUGAGAAAGCAGGGUGGAGGUGCUUUAGCGUGAUUGAUUGGCAAAUAUAGAGCAUGCAGGGAUCAAGAUCUCUCCUCCCCCCCCCAUUCAUUCAGGGACUCAAGAGGGAACUAUCACAGACCAAGGGCAUAUUCUAGCCUGUUAAAUGCACCUAUGGGGUGUACAGAGGAGGCCUGGUGAGAAUGUAGUGUAGCAAAAGUCCUAAAGGGCCACACAGAGAGUCCUUGAGGGCCACACCCAACCCCUGGACUUGAGGUUGCCCACUAGGGCUUGAGAACAAGUAUGUGUGGCCAUCAUGGAGUUGCAGUGCUGAGGAGCAUUUCUGCAUAAUAAAUGCACACCCAUUUUUUGUCUGUUAAGGACAGCUCAUCUUCACUCUGUUGCAGUGUUUUGUGCCCGAGGCCUAUGUCUUACAAGAGGGGCGGGACACAGGUGUGAUUGCUGGACAUAAGGUCAGCAGUUUGAAUCUGCGUGACGGGGUGGGCUACCGUUGCUCUGUCCCUGCUCCUGCCAACCUAGCAGUUCGAAAGCACACCAGUGCAAGUAGAUAAAUAGGAACCUCUGCGGUGGGAAGGUAAACAGUGUUUCUGUUACGGUGUUCCGUUGCGCCAGAAGCAGUUUAGUCAUGCUGGCCACGUGACCUGGAAAGCUGUCUGUGGACAAAUGCCAACUCCCUUGGCCUGAAGCAAGAUGAGCACCACACCCCAUAGUCGACUUAACUGUCCAGGGGUGCUUUACCUUUACCUUUUACCUUACAGUAGGCCUUAGUUUGCUUUUAAAAAAAAUGUAAUCUACCACCACUUGUGACCCUGAGGCAUUGUACAACUGGGGUGGAAAGCAGACCCAGAGUUAUAGGACAGAUUAUAUUCCUGCAGGCUGUAAGUGAAAGGCAGAAGAUCUAGCUGUUGGACAGCCAAGAUCCCAGGAGCUGUAAAUGAAGCCUCUUCUUUAUGCCACCUGACAUCCUCCUCUCCCUCCUUGCAGAUUCUGAUUUGUCAAGGGUGGGGGAUGAGCAGCGAGUUCCUCGGGCACAUCUGUGUCACCAUCAGAAGAGCUCACAAGGUGUCCUCCCCAAUGAAUGCAGAACAGCCUUAGACCCAGAGGUGUUCUUUGCUCUAGCUCAAGAACUUCUUAGCUGCAUUUCUUAAGGUUACAAAGCAAACACUUGGUUCUUUACCUAUAACCUCCUCCUUCCUGAGUAGCUUUGUGUUUCUCCAUUUGGUGAGGAAGAUGAGCAGCGCGUCUGGUGAGGCAGCCCAAACCUACAACUAGCAGCCCAAACCUACAACCCUUCCAGAGAUAGAAGGACAAUAGCCAACCCUAUCAAUAUCUUUGGCGCUUGCGUGUCAUUUUUACAUCCCCCUACCAGAGUAGUGUUUUGAUAAAUAUUCCCAUCCUAAUUUACAUUAGGGUGUGUGCUGUGGAGGGAAUGCUUUGUGCGUGCUUGUAUUUUCUGCUUUGGAAUAACUCCAAAGAGAACUCUUGCAGCUGCAGUUCCAAGGACGGUGUACCUUAUUCACUGAGGUCUUGAGGAGGAGGGAGGGUUUUUGCGGGGGGAUAAGCUUUAUAGCCUGGGGGCUCUUGCCACUGCAGUUGCUUCAACAGUCAGAGCCGAAGAAAAAAUUCCUGCACGUAUGAUGUGUGCAGCUGUGUUCUAGAUGAAGAAGAAAUUCAGGGAUCGGUUAGGUGGGCAGGCAAGUGACCCCAAAUGAUGUUGAUUGUAUGCCUCUCGGUUGUUAAGCUUGAAUGACUGGCACGCAAUUAUAUGUUAACAGACCUGGUGCUUUGGACUGAGGCUUCAAAUUCUAGAUGAAGCAGAGAUGAGCAACUUCUUAUUUCAGCUUGCAGCUCGUAUUCUCCAGAAGCAGUCAGACAUGGGUCCCUGCCUGAAUAGGUUCAGAAGACCAGGAAUUGCAUAGUAUCUGCUCUGUGCAUGGCGCCUGAAUCUGUGUAAGCAGUUCUCCAUAAGCUCAGCUCCCCAAACAGCUGCCAACAAGUGGCAAUAGACUACAGAUCACCACUUUUAACUGCAGAGGAAUGUGUCAUGAUGCCUUAAGGCAGAGGUAGCAGACCUUUGACCCUCCAGAUGUUGCUGGACUACCACUCUCAUCAUUCCUGACUCUUGGCCAAACUGACUAGGACUGAUGGGAGUUUGAGUCCGACAUCACCUGGAGGGCCACAGGUUAGCUACCACAAGGGUUUAAGAGGCUAUAAGCUAAGUCCUCUGUCUGUGUCCUGUAAGCAGAAGAAUACAGGAAAUCUCAAAUCCCAGAGUGACAAAAUUCCUACUUUUGCAACCAACGCAUCCAAAUUUUACAUUAGGAUUAAAUGAUGCACAUUACAAUGUUUUAUUUUUGGCGCACACUUGUUGCAGGUGGCAUCUCUGCCAGUUUGCAUGUUAUUUCAGUGGUUUAGUAAUGGACUGCACAAUAUCAUGGGACAAUAUUUAGAUUUAAAUCAAGGGCUGUCCCGUGGGCAUAGCCAAGGGGGGGCAGCUGCCCCCCAUCAAGUAAAACAGUAGAAAUAUUUAGCUAACUGACCGAUCACGUUGGUUCUGCCCCCAACAAAAGUCCCCCCCCCCCAAAAAAUACUGGCUACGCCCAUGGGCUGUACCUGUAUUAGGUGAGGACGUCCCACCCUGUGAUUACCAGUUUAUAUCAGUUUGGAGUCCCUUACUGAAUUAGCAGAAACCAGUUUCAGCUUCCGCAUUCUCUCUGUAGCCCUGAUAGCUAAAAUUUUCCUUAUCUUUCAGUGAACACCCAUUAAUGAUUGGUGGGAGGAACAAGGGAAUGGGCUUAACCAGUGAACCUAAAGGACUGUUUUAAUUCUGCAGGGCAGGCCCAGGAUAUUUUCCUGCCCGAGCCAAAGGACAAGAUGGUAUCCCCUUCCCAUUCUAUGUUGAGAAGUUGACCAGGCAGGUACUUGAAUUUUAUCAACACUGGUGAUGGGGAAGCAUCUUCCUCUGCGCCUGAGGCUCCAAGCUAACUGAAGGGGUGCAUAGCAGGCCACAGUUCUGUCCCCUGAUCCUAAGCGGCUUGAGGAACCUAAUGUCCUUGUGCAUCUGCUUCUGAGAUGUGGCCACAAUAGAAAAGGCACUUCCUGCUCUUACUUCCUCUCAUGUGACUUAAACCACAUAUUUGCACUUGAAUGUUGAGGCCUUCAGCUCUUUUUCCAGUGCCCUUUACUUCUUAAGGUUUCUUUCUCACCUAAGCUUUGUCAGUAGCAAAGAAACUGUAGCAUGGGGCUCACCCUACGUGCGACUCCUUAAUAUUUCAAGGUGCAUGCUUCCUGUGAUGGCAUCAAAUGUUAGCAGCAUGAAAGAGAGAGAUGGUUCUCUCUAGGAUGUUUGUUCUCUGGCUUUAGAACCUGAGCAGAACUGUCUCUGAAUCUGCACCUUAGACCUUACUUUAGGGUAAGGCCCUUUGCAUUAGGGUCCCAGAACCAGCGCAGGUUGGAUUUCUCUCUCUCCAAAUUAAUUACUAUCACACACACACACACACAUACAUGCAUAUGUACAUCAUUCAGUUAUUCUGAUGUUAAAACCCCAUGAGUAACUUCAGCCUUUGAUUUCCAACUCAUAUCUGGUUUUUGUUUAGGGGUAAGUUAAAUUAGACAAGUGCUAGAUUAAAGGCAAGAAAAAGAGCCUAGAAUAACCAGGAAUUCUGCCUGGUUUCUCCCUCAAGGGUAACCUGGUGAAGACGGGGGGUGUCAUUCCCUGGUUCUCAGUGGCCUCUGCAUCCCAGACAGAGAAAGUUUUGGCCUCUCUUUCUUUUUCUUCUCUAUGCCCCAUGCAGGGUGCAAGGUGAGGAGAGCAUAUGAUACCCGACAUCUCCGUCUCUGAAACUAACAUGAUCUCCUCAGUAUGCUCUAUUCUGCAUGCCUGAGCAGAAACUGUAACUUUUGACAAUGUGUGAAUCUGUUGCUUUGCUAUUCGGCAGAGUUGAGGCGCGCAUGGCAAGCUGCUUUGAUAGAGAGCUGGGCCCUUUUUUCGUUUUUUUAAAGGGCGAAAGCAGUACAGUUUCUCUAAAAUUUCAAAUGCCUUGUGCAUUGUCACUCUAAUAAAUAAGACCAAGACCACCGUUUCCGUGCAGUUCUGAGGACUUUUCUUAAAGCAAGAUAUGGAUGUUGCAUGUAUUUAUUUUUUGUUUAGUUAUCAUUUCCCCCCCUUUUUUUCAGAUAUAUGUUGGGGAAAGGAGGAAAGCGGAAGUUUGAUGAGCAUGAAGAUGGGCUGGAAGGCAAAGUGGUGUCUCCUACUGAUGGUCCAUCGAAGGUGUCUUACACCUUACAGCGCCAGACUAUCUUCAACAUUUCCCUUAUGAAACUUUAUAACCACAGGCCAUUAACAGAGCCAAGCUUGCAAAAGACAGUUUUAAUUAACAACAUGUUGAGGCGAAUCCAGGAGGAACUCAAACAGGAAGGCAGCUUGAGGCCUGUGUUCAUCACCCCUUCACAGCCUCCAGACCCUCUUGUAGAAAACUUCCGGGAGGUCCAGCCUGCCUUUAGCCAUCUGGCCUCCCCGCCAGUCCACCCCACUGACUCAGCAAGCACUACUACGCCACUGGAGUCUUGCCUCACCCCUGCCUCUCUGCUUGAGGAUGACACUUUUUGCACUUCCCAGGCUAUCCUACAAGAUGGUCCUAUAAAACUACCACCUCCAACUAUCCAACCAGUAAAGGACAGUUUCUCCUCGGCCUUGGAUGAAAUUGAGGAGCUCUGUCCAACACCUACCUCCGCUGAGGCAGUAGCAGCUACAGCAACAGAAAUGACGGCGUCUGAUAACUCUAAAGAGAAUUCCAGUGAAUCCAGCAUUCAGAAGUCCGAGGGAGUCCAGGAGAACAGAAUAAAUGAACCUAAACUAAUGGACUCUUUACCUGGCAAUUUUGAGAUCACAACAUCUACAGGUUUUCUUACAGACUUGACCUUGGAUGAUAUUCUCUUUGCUGACAUUGAUACUUCUAUGUAUGAUUUUGACCCUUGCACAUCUACUACGGGGGCUGCCUCAAAAAUGGCUCCCGUCUCUGCAGAUGACCUCCUAAAAACUCUGGCUCCCUACAGCACCCAGCCAGUAACCCCCAAUCAGCCUUUCAAAAUGGACCUAACAGAACUGGAUCAUAUAAUGGAGGUGCUUGUUGGGUCUUAAAAUAUAGCAACUUUUUACAAAAAAUGUUCCAGUAUAAACACUUGGUAGUAUUUUCACAACCUUCUCCCUUCUUACAAAUCUACGCAGACAGAGAGACAGACAGACAGAGAGACAGACAGACACACACACACACACACACACACACACACACACACACCACUUUGCAUGCAUCUUCGCUUGUCUUUUUCUAAAAAGGAUCACACUAGUUUUCGCUUCAAGCAGAGUUGGAGUGCCUUCAUCCAUGUAUGACCACUUUUAAUGUAUUUUUGAAAGUGGUUCCUCAAGGGAGACCUGAAAUCCUGAUAUGGGGGGAUGCAUAUUGUAAACAAUAUUAAUAUGUUUGACAAAAAAAUGAAUUGUAAAAGCUAAGCACAAGGAUUAUGUUGGGGAAAAGCUGUAAAUUGCAUGUGCAUAUUUGUCUAUUUUUUCUAUAAGUUUUACUGCAAGAGGUGAAAAUAUUAUUUAGAUAAUCGCUGUAACUUUUUGGCAUUUUAGCCCUGUCUAGGUUGACAUAGCAAUUCAGCCUUUUUAGAGGUAUUGACUAUUCCUCUUUAAAUGUUGCAUUUACAUGGCUCUUAAAAGAAAAAUUCCUGCUACCCAAAUUUAUUUUAUAUUUUUGUACAGAUUCUGCAAUUUAUGAUAUUGGGGUCUUUUCUUAAAAAAAAGGAAAAAACAAAAUCAAAAAACAAAAAGCUGUUUAUACUCACACACAAAAAAGGAAAUAGCUAUUUUGGUAGGAUUUGCUCACCCAGUUCCUGCAUACAACUUCUGAUGUAUAAGAACUGCUUGUAGUUUUAUACAGACUUGUAGUGUUUUCUAUGUGUAUAAUGGUGCAAAGAGAAAUUUGGAUCAAAUCAUUCUAAAGUUGGCCUCCCAGAAUCCAGACACACAUGCUUGAAGGAAAAGGCCAAGGGCUCUUCCCUUUUAAAGUUUCACAAAUAUCUGCUCCCUACCGCGUACUACUGUGAUUUUAACAAAAACCUUAGAGCCAUGUCUAUUCCAACACUGAUGUCAAACAGUUGGCAGGAAAUAGCUGUGAAACUUCAUUCUGAUUAAAUUCCCUGUUCCUCCCUCCCUGCCCCACCCUAAAACGAUCAAGAAUGGGUUUUUUUUAAAUCAUGAAAUGAAGCAUUUAAAAAAAAUUAAAAUACUAAAACCUGACUUCUACCACAUUCUUAACAGAAAAUUAAGCAUCCUUAAGCUCAUUUGCUUGGGAAAGGCCCAUUAUGUGAGCUGGUCAAGGAGCAAAAAUUUAGGAUCCAAAUUAAUGGCCUUCUGUGUGCUUAACUCUCUGUUGGAUUGCAGCCAUUGUAUUUGCAUCUAGUCUUAGAAUGUCAUGACUUAGUAAGUUGUAAUUAUUUUUAAAUGGAACCAUAUUACAACAAUGUGUCUAGCCUUUUUUUAAAAAUUUUUUUAUUAUUUUUUGGCUGCAUAAACUGGCUAUGCUUACUUUGAAAGUAAGUUGCAUUGAAGUCAGUGAUGCUUUCUUCCAUGGAAAUGUGUUUUGGGGUCUUGGGAGGAGGAAAUGGUGUAACGCGAAUAUACUGUGUUCCUUUGAAUUAGUCUUACCUUUCGCCUUUUCUUAGAACAUACUCACUGUGUUAACAAGUGCUGGGGAAAAAGAAAGAAACUUCAGUAUUACUGCAGUGAAAUCAUCUCUUAUCAGCACUGGAUGGACUCACUCAAAUAUCCACUGCUGUCUGAACUGGAGCCUGUCCCAUGGCGAACUCUUGGUGUCUUCUCUAGGGUUGGUUUCUUGAACUGACUGUGUUACCUGUUUUAUUUUGACUCGACAACUGCAGCUCUCUAUGCAUGUCUCCCUUCCAACUGCAGUCUUCUCAUUACAGCUUCUGUUGCAAUUCCCGCCCCCUCUGUUUUCAUUUGUGAUGUACAUUUAUUUUAAAGAAAACUUGCAAUGUUAUCUAUCAUGCCUGUUGCUGAAAUUGCUAUGGCAUAUUAAUUUUAAAUGGUACUUAAUUGAGUGCAGGUUACAAACUAUAUUGUUGAUAUGCAUAUGGCUUCUUUAGGAAUAACUUUUAUAUUUAUUUAAGAAUUUUUAAAUUAUGUUUUAUGUAAUUUGGCCAUAUUCAGUCAGUUCUGCUCACUUCUUGUCAUGGAUUUUAAAAAAUGUGUCUUGUCUGCCUUUAAGAAGGCAGCUUUAUAAAACUGGCACUUUAGAACAGGCCAUCUCUAUUUAUUUAAAAUGCAUAUAAUGUAUUAUGUGGCAUGCACACUCAGAUCCUCAUUCCCUUACCAACCAACUUGGCAAAUAGAGAAUUGCUUGUCUGAGCUAAAUGCAUCGAUUAAAUCCCAAUUCGGCCAUUAGUUUUUAAUAUUUUGAAAAGUGUCACUCAGUGUGAAAUAAGUUUGCUUAUCAUCAGUAUGGCAGAGGGUGAGCCAUUCAAAAUUCCUAAUGACAGGGUGUAAUAACUCAUCUAGAUCCAUGUAUACAGCUGGUGGUAUAUAAACCAUAAAUAUAAAUUAGCCGGUCACACAAAACUCUGUAUUGGUGGAGUCUAGCCUUAUCAAUAACUCCAAAAAAUUUACUAGCCCACGGCAGUUUCUACUGGCCCACUGACCUAUCCACAUCUGCUCUAGAAUUGUGCAGCACCAGAGUAGUCUGAAGUUGAAAGAGCCAGCUCACUUCAGAGUUAUAGAACCUUCUCUCUGGGAUUGAACUGUAGAUGAUGCUUCUGUGCCCCAGGCCAAGUUACUAGUUACAGCUUUGGGUGCAGAUAUUGAAAACUGGAGAGUAAUCACAUGCAUUACAGGCAUGGCUCAGCAAUUGUUAAACUUACUCCAAACAUCUCUCUGCUGGUGCAAUAUUAAGUUCAGGCUAAAAUCCAUACCGUUGUAAGCAUCAUUAAGAAGAACAGCAAUGUAAAAUAAGUGCUUUCACCAUUGUUAAAAUCUGAUUCUACACUAACUUAGAAACAACUGUCCUCCUCUUUGGACUAGCUAAGAAUUUAAACAAGUUCCUUAUGUUGGAACAUCGUUUUUAGAGCAAAGCAGUAAGUUGUUUUUCAAAAACUGGCCCUUGUACCCUGCACAGUGAAUCCAUUAUAACUUUUGUAGCUGAAGUCUAUCUUAGAAUAUAAUUUGGAGCAAAUGGGUGGCAUACGUGACCAGGAAAAGCAACGUCUCUAUAGUAUUUUGUGUCCAAGUGCCCAAGUGUUUCUUAUAAUGCAUUGUAGCCCUUGAAUAUAUGAACUGAAAUAACUUCUGCUCCUGGAUAGCCUUCUCCCCAGUGUGACUCACAUUUCUUGAAGGGCCAACUUUUAAGAGGCUAUGAUUUCUCUCCCCCGCCCCCAAAGGCAUGAAUACUAGGGGAUUUUUAUUUACACUCAUGUGCAAUGAAGUUACAAGAAGAGAGCAGAAUUUAAAAGAGCUUUUUUGAACCUGAAGUAAUUUUUUCCAUUUUGUUUUCCAUAAGUUAUUUAUUCCUUCUUAUUUUUCCUUUUGUAAAUAUAUUUAUUUUAUUGUGAAGCUAACAACAUCUGGAUUGUAACAUGUACAGAAUGUAUGGUAGGAAUGUAUUCUCUGGUAGGAAUGUAAAUCCAUACGAGAGGGGAAUGAAAGUUAGGUUUGAAGAAUAACUGGGUUCUAUUCAGGAUACAUGUCAUUCACAAGAUUCUUCCCCCAUUUCUCUACUCCUCCCAUUCUACUAUGAGUAGAUCUGGUUGGAUAGAAUUAUGCAAAAGAAAAAAAAGAAAAAAUGGUUUAUAGACUUAGUUAUAAAAAUUGAGCUGUUUUGUAUUCUUGGUUACUUUUUAAAAGGGCCAGAUCCUGUUUUCAGCAGCCAAGCAUGGCCUUGGAUUCUCUGAGGCUUUGACACACCACCUUUGCCCCUUUAGAGACCUUAAGCAAUUUAUUCUCACACUGGUACUUGAGUCGGACAGGUGUGUUAGGGCAGCAUAGUCUGAGUAUGCUUGCUGAUCACUGUAAACAUGCACACAAAGACCUGGCACCUAGCUUGUUGUUGAGCAGGGCACUAGCAUAGUGAGAGAGGAGAGGAGGUUUCAGGCCAGCUUUCAAAGUGCACAGUUGAACUGGUCAUUAGGAAACAGUCUGACCACGCAAGAAGAAACAAUGUACGUCUCCAAUUAUGAUCCAUUAAAAUUAGGAGUUGAUUGUGUGGAUUAUACCUUUGCUAAAUUGCCCCUCAAAUAUUUUUAAAGUGUUUUGGAAGUGUUAGGCGGUUUUUUCAUUUUUCGUUUGGCCAGGGAGUUUAACUGGGUGGGAUGUACCCGCACAAUCUAUUAACAAAGCCAAGUGAGAUUGGCCUUGACAUUGCACCUAAAAGUUGGCAGUCCUUUCCCUCUGCUUUCUGGACUAAUGUAGUACAAUCUGCUGCAAAAAGGCAUGUUCAGACAUUUGUGUUGCAUUAUUUACUUUUUAAAGGCUUUAAACAUUUUAAACGCAUGUGCAGUACAGUGGUACCUCGGGUUACAUACGCUUCAGGUUACAGACUCUGCUAACCCAGAAAUAGUGCUUCAGGUUAAGAACUUUGCUUCAGGAUGAGAACAGAAUUCGUGCUCCGGCGGUGCGGCGGCAGCAGGAGGCCCCAUUAGCUAAAGUGGUGCUUCAGGUUAAGAACAGUUUCAGGUUAAGAACGGACCUCCAGAACAAAUUAAGUACUUAACCCAAGGUACCACUGUACUAGCCAGGGUGCUGAUGAGUAGAGAGCACUAUUGAAAGAAGCCUGACAUGGAUCAGACCCAACAAAGUUGAGUUUCCUUGGGUAUGCAUGUACUUGCCCCGGCACUGCCAUGGAGAACCUCCUAGGACAAAACUAAGCAGGGGGAAGAGGAAUACAGUGGUUUGGAGGCUUGCCCCCUGAAUAGAUAAUGCAACUUGUAGUGACUUUGCUAGUCUUGCGAGUGCCGCAUGGCUUGCAGAGAUCAACUGGCCAAUAUGUGAAACUGAGGGAGGAAACCUAUGUGGGCAAAAAUGGAGGCGUUUUUUGAACAAAAGCUGUUUUCAGGAUAUUAUCACUAGUAAAGUAUGAGCAUUUGCCUUCAUAUGUUUUUGCUGCUCAUCAAAGGAAUUUGCUAAUGCAAGUGCAGACAGUAGAUCUUGUUAGGGCAAACAUUAAAAAAAAACCAGACACACUUUCCAAAGGUUUGCAAAAGUGUGCUUCAAGAUAGGUUAAAGUAGUGCUGAGGAACAUAACAGGUCUUCAGAAGUGCAUUUUGUGCUGGUGUGAAACAAAACUUUUCUCUGCCCUCCCCACCUUUUAAAGAGAUAGCUGAACGCCAGAAGAUUUCGCACAUCACCUUUCGCCUGUCUUACACUACAGACCCUGAGUUUGAGAGUAAGAACUCCCCAGCAUUCCUGUUCCCGGAGAUAAUCCAGGAAUAUAACAGUUCUAAGCACCCUCACUAAACUACAGUUCAGAGAGAAGUCAUGCUAAACCAUUACAAAACCAAUUAGAGUUUGUAGAUUUGCUGUGCCCUUGCUCCCAGGCUUCAGGUCCAAAGAACCACGAGUGUGCGCCAGUACGCUCUGAAUUCUCUCCCUGCCACCAUUAUUCCUUCUGCAGAAUGGGUUGCCUGCUGGAAGAAGAGGUGAGUGCCUGGCCUCACUGUGUGCUUGGGCACCACUGGAGCCAGUGAGCCCUACGUAUGCAGGGACUUUAUGGUGGUGGUGUUUCUGACCAUCCCAGCCUCCUGUGUGGGUGAAGAUUCCCUCACACAUUGCCCUUACUGACUGGUUGCUCAUGUUUACAGCGAGAUGCAUAAUACAAUCGCAAUUUUUCCAAAGUGACUAGUGUGAGAAUAAAUUGUACAAUGUGCGAUUUUCCUGAUGUCUUACAAACCCUGACUGAAAAGUUUACAGUUAAAGAGAGAGAGAGAGCAGAUGUAAAUGUCCUCCCCUGAAAAAUCAUUUAUUGGCUCUAGAAUGUAAUUGUGUGUGUCUCUCUCUAACAAAAACCCACAAGAAACACCCCCACACAAACAGUAUCUUGCUUUUCUUGAACGUUACAAUGCUUAUAAUAUUAUGGCUGAAUUUUAUUUUGGAAAUUUUAGCUCAUUUUAUAGCCUUUUGUUUUUCAAUGCUAAAAAUAAUCCUAAUGCAAAUUCUGGGUUUUGUUUUGUUUUUUUAAAAGCUUUUUUUAAAUAAAAAAACACUUCAUAAAUGCUUAACAGUGUAAUCCAUACUAGACUGUCUGAAGGCAGAGAUUCAGGGGUGAGGGGGAGAAAAUAUGUAAAUAGUCUAACAUGUUUGGUGCAUGGUUAUUUAAACAGGGCUUGUUUUUGCCAAAAAGGCUGUAUUUUCUCUUCCCCCUGUCCCCACCCCCAAACCACAGACCUUAGAGCUGUGCCUUUUCUAUGCAAUAUUGCAGACAUACACAUCUGAAACCAGAUUACUGUAUUCACUUGUAGGUAUGAGCUGUAAUAAACAAAACAAAAAACAGUUGGGCAAAUUACAUGGAAAUGAGCAGUCUUACUUUUGUAGUUUUAUAUUAUACAAUAAACAGUUUAAAAAGAAA